AGUAUCUACUCGCAGUAGCUUUUGCUUCUUGAGCUCUAGGUGGCUCCUCAGAAGCUGUUAGGCUUAACAAACAAAAAUAAAGUAAAAUCAGACACGGUAUGGGGCCUUGGGACUCUAAAACCUUCAUCCGGAGAAAAUCAGUUAAGCCUUCAGAGACUAGAAGAGAGAAUGUGUGUGAUUGGUAGGCAAAGCAAAGAAAGAUUAACACAAGUUGUCUGGCAGCUGGAUAAAACCUUACACCUGCGCAAAAAUAAGCCUCCCUCGUAAGAAAGCCCAAAGAUGUCCGGGGUCCGGGAGGAGAAAAGUGUCUCUCAUCUGUCCCAUCAAAGCAAAUUAGUGAAACCUGCCUCAGGUGAAGUGCAAAGGCCAGUCUGUAGGCAGAGUUUCAACCUCUCCCCACGAGAUUGGCUAGACAUCACCUGCCCAAGCUCUCUCCCGACCUGCUAGAGCCGAGAGGGCGGAGGCCGGAGAGGCUGCAGCCGGGAAGCAGCACCGCACAUCCGGGAACGCCAGCAGCCGGCUGAGGGCUGCAUAAUUGAUGGAGGGCCGGGCGCGGUAAGAGCGUCUCGGGGGAGUGGGGCAAGGCGGCCGGGCCCCUCCCAUUCCGCCUUUUCUUCAGCGUCCUACCCGCGGCACUGCCUGCGAGCGCCGGGCCACCUGCGAGUGUGCGCAGGGACUCUGGACACCCGCGGCGGCGAGCUGAGGGAGCAGUCUCCACGAGGACCCAGGCGGACCCUCUGGCGCCAUGCGCGCCCUCCCCGGCCUGCUGGAGGCCAGGGCGCGUACGUCCCGGCUGCUCCUCCUCCAGUGCCUUCUCGCUGCCGCGCGCCCAAGCUCGGCGGACGGCAGUGCCCCAGAUUCGCCUUUUACAAGUCCACCUCUCAGAGAAGAAAUAAUGGCAAAUAACUUUUCCUUGGAGAGUCAUAACAUAUCACUGACUGAACAUUCUAGUAUGCCAGUAGAAAAAAAUAUCACUUUAGAAAGGCCUUCUAAUGUAAAUCUCACAUGCCAGUUCACAACAUCUGGGGAUUUGAAUGCAGUAAAUGUGACUUGGAAAAAAGAUGGUGAACAACUUGAGAAUAAUUAUCUUGUCAGUGCAACAGGAAGCACCUUGUAUACCCAAUACAGGUUCACCAUCAUUAAUAGCAAACAAAUGGGAAGUUAUUCUUGUUUCUUUCGAGAGGAAAAGGAACAAAGGGGAACAUUUAAUUUCAAAGUCCCUGAACUUCAUGGGAAAAACAAGCCAUUGAUCUCUUACGUAGGGGAUUCUACUGUCUUGACAUGUAAAUGUCAAAAUUGUUUUCCUUUAAAUUGGACCUGGUACAGUAGUAAUGGGAGUGUAAAGGUUCCUGUUGGUGUUCAAAUGAAUAAAUAUGUGAUCAAUGGCACAUAUGCUAACGAAACAAAGCUGAAGAUAACACAACUUUUGGAGGAAGAUGGGGGAUCUUACUGGUGCCGUGCACUAUUCCAAUUAGGCGAGAGUGAAGAACACAUUGAGCUUGUGGUGCUGAGCUAUUUGGUGCCCCUCAAACCAUUUCUUGUAAUAGUGGCUGAGGUGAUUCUUUUAGUGGCCACCAUUCUGCUUUGUGAAAAGUACACACAAAAGAAAAAGAAGCACUCAGAUGAGGGGAAAGAAUUUGAGCAGAUUGAACAGCUGAAAUCAGAUGAUAGCAAUGGUAUAGAAAAUAAUGUCCCCAGGCAUAGAAAAAAUGAGUCUCUGGGCCAGUGAAUACAAAACAUCAUGUCGAGAAUCAUUGGAAGAUAUACAGAGUUCGUAUUUCAGCUUUGUUUAUCCUUCCUGUUAAGAGCCUCUGAGUUUUUAGUUUUAAAAGGAUGAAAAGCUUAUGCAACAUGCUCAGCAGGAGCUUCAUCAAUGAUAUAUGUCAGAUCUAAAGGUAUAUUUUCAUUCUGUAAUUAUGUUACAUAAAAGCAAUGUAAAUCAGAAUAAAUAUGUUAGACCAGAAUAAAAUUAAUUAUAUUCUGGUCUUCAAAGGACACACAGAACAGAUAUCAGCAGAAUCACUUAAUACUUCAUAGAACAAAAAUCACUCAAAACCUGUUUAUAACCAAAGAAUUCAUGAAAAAGAAAGCCUUUGCCAUUUGUCUUAGAAAGUUAUUUUUUUUUAAAAAUCAUACUUACUAUUAGUAUCUAUGGAAGUAUAUGUAACAAUUUUUAUGUAAAGGUCAUCUUUCUGUGAUAGUGAAAAAAUAUGUCUUUACUAAGUUGAAAUGAAUACUUUCUGCCUUUGCUAAUGAUAGUUAUUCUACAAUCUCCACAAGAAAAAUAUACCUUUUAUCCGGAAAUAUUGGUUUAAGGCAAAUAAAUAAAACUGUGCUUGCUCUAAAGCUCUGCACUACAAAAGCAAAUUUUCCAGUCUUUAUUCCACUCAUAACCACUGCUUUCCCCACCAGGCUAAAGUGCUUCUUAGUCUUAAAUAGGGUUUUGAACUUCAUAAGGUACACCAUUGUUUAUGUUUUAGGGUGCAGGUCCAUAUAGUCGUAAUACUUAAAACACUGCUACACUGAUGCUUUUGUGGCUCAUGGUUUCCUGGUUCUUUGAUUUAACACCUGGCUUCCUGGUAUCUAUGGCUGGUUAAAUAUCUAAACCUGCAUUAUUAGUGCUUUACAAUAAUAAUUCCCUAGACUGAAGUCCAGAAAUACUAAAGCACUUCUUUUUUAUUGCUGUGAAUGCCUUAGACUUAUCUUCCAAAACAGGAUACUUCGUUUCUAUUGCAUAUAUAACUGAAAUAUUUUAUAAACUCACUGUAAUCAAAUCUUAUAAAAUCUGAAUCGACAUGAAAAGUUGUCAGUGCUUGAAUGAAUACUAAAAUCAUGCCACAGGAUACUAGAUAACAUAAAUGACCAUGAAGUGUCCCACUGCUCAAAGGGCAACAACUUUAAGAACAGAAGCAAAGAGUGGUGGUGUGGAACCCAAGAUUCUUGGCGACUAGAGGAUUUAAAGGUUGGGGAGGAGGAAUUCAAUGAUUUGACAAGAAAUACUUUAUAAAAAUUUGCUCCAUGUAUUGGCUAAGAAAAAUAUAAUAAAAUUUUGGUAGUGAAAAUUGUAUCACUAAUGUUUACCAAUAUUACUAGUAUGAAUAAUACACAUAAGGUAGUGACUUGGAAGCUGCUCAAUACUUUGUUGCUAUAACAAAAUGCAAUAUUUUGUUGUAAAGCAUCUUAACUACACAUAUAAGUUUGCUGAACUUGAAUACAUCCCGGUAAUGGCAAACUUCAUUUUAUUCUUGGUUUUCAUUUUAUUCUGGUCUCAGGGCCAUACAUUUAUUUUAGUUUAAUUAAUUAUUAUUUUGACAACAUUACUUGGGUAAUAUCUAUAUAAUGGUAGAUAACCAAUCAGUUAGCUUAAUUAAUCUAAACUAUUUGAAUUCAGGGAAAUAUUAGUCAAAUCUGCUGUUUGACUAAAUACAAUUCAAAGCAGUAUAUUUGUGACUUGGAAUAUAGAACACGAACAAAUGUGUAGCCCAUCUGCAGUAUGCAUACUUCCAUUUUACCACCACUAACCAUUGAGGCUCAUACAAUUUUCAAGCAAGAAGCAUUGCUUCCCAAAGGUAAAAUAAUCAGGAAUAUUUCUAUAGUAAAUGGAGUUUUUAAUUGGCAAUACUGUUUAUUUUUUUCUAGCAAAGACAAUUUAUCUCAGUAACCUUAAAUAGGAAAAGUACUCAAAAAUUAAAGUUGACUUUUGGCUUUUUGUAGUCUCUCUGGAGGACUUCCAGAAAAUUACCACUGUUGGAUUUUAAUCUGAUUCCAUUAACCAGUCUUACAGAGAUGAUAAAUGAAUUAACUAAUAUUGACCAAAUAUAAAUUGACUGCAAAUAAUAAGCCGCAUAAAAGUUGAAGUAGGAAAACUACUCCAAGUUUAUAUAUUAGGCACCUUGGGGAAUUAUCUUAGUCUUUCCAGCUAACAAGGAUUUUCAGCAUAAUAAGUAGAUUUAAUGAUGGCAUAAAAUUCCCAGAUACUUUCAUAUACAUUUUUUUGCCAAAGUGUAAAUCUUCUCCUUUUGCAGUCUUUUUGUUAUUAUCCCAACAUCUAGCUGCUCAGGCCCUAAUUUAGAACUCAUUCUGAUAUUUUCUUCUUCUGUAUUAAUUAAUACUUAUGGGUCAUGAAUCCCUGCUCCUUUGACCUUUUUAAUAGCUCAUGAAUCCAUCCCAUUGCCUCCCCAACUCUGCCCACACCUGCUGCAACAGCUAAUGCCUUGAUUUUCCUACCUCAGUCUCCUUUUCUAUUAAUCCCUCUUUUGCGUGGCUGCCUGAGUCCACUUUCUCAAACACAAACCUCACUAUGCAACUUUGGAAUCUCUGUAGGCUCACCUUUGCCAUUUCUUAAUAUUGCAUUCUCCAAAUUGCUAAUCUCUAUCCAGUCUCUCGAACUAGACUUGGCACAUGGAGAUUCCGCUCAGAAAGUGCUCUUCACACUUCUACCUGCUUGACUAACCCCAGAUUAUCUUUCAAGACUUUAAUCUGAUCUUGUGUCUUAGAGAAGCCCCCAUACCUGGUAGAGCAUGUACCAUCUUACAUGCUUAAAUAACUCCACAUUUAUUUGUGUUUAUUACUCUGUGUUAUAAAUAUACAUUUGUUGGUCUCUCUCUUGGAUUAUUUUGUUUCUUUGUCCUGUAACUACCACUGAAAGGGUGCAAUACAGCUUUCUUGAAAUGUGUAUUGAACGGAUGAAUGUAUAAAUAAAAAUUAAAUUUUGUAAAUUUCUACUUAUUCUUAGAAAAAGAAUCUAAAUUGUGACAAAUCAGAAUUGAAAAAAGUAUUCUAAUAAAGAAAAACAAGCUUUUAUAACUCCA